GCAGUAUAGACGACAGCACUAAAGUUAUCGAAAGAAAGCUCAUCCCUGACAUAAGCAAUUCAAAAACAAUUUCAAUUUUUGAGUGUUUCCUGAUUAACUGUACGAACGAGACAAUUGAAAAUUUUUAACAUAUUUUGUUGCAAUAAUGAGUCGAAAUGUCUUAGCACCUCCGACUCAACGAAUGAGCCACAACCGAAACUAUCGCGUUAACAUUGUUCACGACGAUUUUGGUGGCAGCAAGUGGAACUCGGCCAAUGAGAAGGCUGUCAAAGGCUACGAAGAACCCGAUCUAUACGCCGAUGACGAUUACGAGGAGGAUGGCGCCGAAUGUAAUAUUGAGGAGCUGCCAAAUGGCAGCUACAAACUGGCGCUGCAUGUGCCCAAAUCCUUCUAUGGUGGCCUGAUUGGCUUCAAGGGCUCCACAAAGCGUCGCAUUGAAUCUGAAACUCAGACGGAGAUUUACGUGCCUCGCCACAAUGAGACGUCUAGUGAUUUAAUUAUCCAGUCCAGCGAACGCAGCAAUGUGUGUGCCGCUCUUCGCAAAAUACGGCUACUCAUUGAUUCGCUGCGCAAGCGCAUGAGGGCAACUCAUUUUCUGGCUGUUCCAUUAAACAAGGGCGAAGUGCAGAAUCGUUUCAUCGAGUUAAAGCAAAGCAUUUUAGAUGCACAGCUGCCAGGCAUCGACGAGGAGCUAUUCAUAUCAGAGCGCUGCAUCCAUAUCACCUUGGGCGUCUAUGUGCUCCUGGAUGAUGCUGAACGCAAAGAAGCCGUUAAUAUGCUGCAAACCUGCCGGCAAUGGCUGGUUGAUUUAAAAACGCCCUUUGAGAUAAAAGUAAAAGGCCUGGAAAUUAUGAACGAUGAUCCCAGCUCGACCAGAGUGCUAUACGGUACUGUGGAGGCACCAGAGCUGCAGGAGUUUGCUGACAAAUGCCUGAAGCAUUUCCAAACCACCGGCCUCUGUGCCACCGACAACAACGAACGCGAUAGCAUUAAGCUUCACAUGACGGUACUGAACUGUCGUUAUCGUAGGGAGAAACUGAACAAGAAUGAUCGCAACGCCUUCGACGCACGCGAGAUUCUUAAACGUUUUGGAGACUAUGACUUUGGCACGACUCAGUGCAAUGAAGUCCAUAUGUGUGUGCUCAAUUCGUCCAAGGAGGUCGAUGACUUCUACAAGACCACGGGCAGCCUGAAAUUCUAGGCAGUCGUUAUAUGGCGACCGGAUGCAAAUAUUUAUCAAUUCCAGAAGUUUCGUAUCAAACAUUUCUUUUAUAUAAAGUCAGAAUACAAAUAUACUGUACAGUGCAGGCCAACUGAACUGAACUGAA